UCCACAGCCCAGAGAGCCGACGACGUUUUCCGUAUCCACAUCGACUCCGCCGCCGCCGCCGCCACAGUGAGUUUCCACACAAACAGCCUCCGACUCUCGAGCAAAAAAAAAUAAUAACAAGGAGAGAAGACGGUGCGAGAGUCUCCGCAACAUCGAAUACACGGCGAGCACAGUCGACAGCCGGGGAGGAUCAGAGAGAGAGAGAGAGAGGGAGCCGCAAGUGCCAGGAGUCAGUCAAAUGCAGUCGCACCAUCAUCGCCUCGGCAACGUCGCGGACGACGACAGCAAUAUUACGAGUUCACGAGGCAGUAGCAGCACGUGCAGACCUCGGUUACUCAGCUCUUAGGGGAAGCCUCGUCGCUGCGCGUCCGUCGUCUCGGCACUGCACAGUAGGAGAGCUGGACUUUUAUUCCCAUCAAGGGCGCAUACGUCGCGUGUAACGCAAGUACGCAUCCGCACACUUAUAGCCACAGCUACAGCUAGGCGCAUCGCGGAGCGAGGAGAGAGAGCGCGGGCUGCUCUUUUUUCCAGAGAGACUGGCGACAGAGGCACGCGCCACGGACAAAAUGGAGCAGAAGAGGCUUUACAAGCUCGUGCUCACGGGAGGACCAUGCGGAGGCAAAACCACUGGACAGACCCGAUUGUGCACGUUUUUUGAGAACCUGGGAUGGAAGGUGUUCCGUGUCCCCGAGACAGCGACCGUGCUGCUCAGUGGCGGCAUCAAAUUUACAGACCUGAAUGCGGAGCAGGCUAAGCCCCUGGCUCAGGAUUGGAGAGCUUCCGUUAAGGAUCCCAGCAUCAAAUGGCCCGUGUUUCUUUCAGUCAGCUCCUUCGAGGGUGAGUUGACGCCAUUCAAAUUUCAAGAGAACCUGCUGAAAACGAUGCUCCAGAUUGAAAACACCUUCUUCCAGCUGGGCGAGAGCCUGUCUCGGAAUUGCCUUAUUAUCUGUGAUCGCGGUGCUAUGGACGCAUCUGCAUUUAUUUCAAAGGACAAGUGGGAGCUGAUGAUGGCGUCUAACGGCUGGAACAACGUGGAGCUGCGCGACAACCGCUACAAUCAGAUAAUCCACAUGGUCUCGGCGGCCAACGGCGCCGAGGACUUUUACUCGACGGAGGAUCACGCCUGUCGCUCGGAAGGCAUCGAGCUGGCUCGCGACCUCGACUACAAGGCUGCCUCGGCCUGGGUCGGACACCCCUACUUCGACGUCAUCGACAACUCCCAGGACUUCGAGAGCAAGAUCUGCCGGAUGAUCGAGUGCGUCUGCCAGAAGCUCGGCAUCGACACGGGCGACCGUCUCCGGGCCAGCAGUCGCAAGGUCAAGUUCCUCGUCAAGGGGCCGCUGCCGCCGGACAGCGCGUUCCCGCCUUUCCAGGACUUCGAUGUCGUGCACAACUACCUGCAGAGCAAUAACCCCAAGACUCAGGCGCGACUCAGGAAACGCGGGCAGAAAGGACACUGGUCGUACAUUCACACCCUCAGGCGGCCGAAGAUGUGCGGUCAGGUGGUCGAGGUGAAGACCCAGCUGACCCACAGGGAUUACUUGAACAUGCUCGCUCAGCGAGACGAUUCCCACUUCACGAUCUUCAAGCGCCGCCGCUGCUUCCUCAUCAACAAUCAGUACUUUCAGCUGGACAUCUACAGGGAACCCGGGCAUCCGAGAUGCAAAGGUUUGAUGCUGCUAGAAACUUACACAGCGUUGCCAAGUGACAAAUUAGAAAAUAUACUGCCUCAGUUUUUGACGAUUGAAAAAGAAGUUACUGGAAACCCUGACUACAGCAUGUUUAACUUGAGUUUACGCGAGGAAUGGAAUAGUACUAACAAAUACUGUCAUAACUUGAAUGGUGCAGUGAGCACGACGAAGACCAGCGAUGUCAAUCUCAGUGACAUGAAGAAUCCAUUUUUGAAGAACGGUAUUGAUGCUAUAGGCCAAAGCGUACUGACCAAAAUGAACGGCACGACUAACGGCGUGCACGAGUCCUCCGGUUGUCAAAACGGAGCCGACAAUCUACACAGCUCCUGCGCGACAAAUGGUCAGGCUAAUGGUAAGGAAUCGAACGCUUGCCCUAUGAGCAAUGCGGUCUCGAAACCCAAGGGAAACGGAGCGCUUGAUGAGGUGAAUCACAAAAAGGAUCUCGUAAACGGCGCGCAAUAGCGAUAGGAUAUUACUGUUGAGGUACCUCACGAAUUAUCGACGCAAAUAGAAUCAAUUGAUAAGAAAUUAAGUCUGGAUUGAUUUUAUUCAAUAGUUUACUUUUAAUCAAAAUCUUUAGGUUUAAUGGAGAAAAUCAUUGUAGAUUAAAAGGUGACAUUUUUUUUCAAAAAUCUGCUCUGCAUGUUAUAGCGAUACCCCGCCAAUUUUACUGCAGUAUUAGGGUGAAUGUAAAAGACCAAUGUCAUUUUCUUUGUUUUCACGAUACUAUCGAUUGAUUCAUCUUUCAUAUUUUUAUCAAUGCCAUUUUUAUAAUUUAAACUAUAUGCAAUAAAACGCCGCUGUUAGUGUAAACUCUUAGAACAUGUUCCUAUGGAUCUAGCAGUUUCUAACUCGUAUUACUUACAUGAAAAAUUGAUGUUUUUGAAUGGAUAAAGCUAUAGUCUUAUAAGUAUCGUUUUGUUUUAACCUUAACGUAAUUAAACUCACUUUGAAAAUGUUUAGAAUGAAGGUAUUAACUGAACAAAUUAUAUAACGUAUUUUUAUUCAAGCGGUUAGUUUCAACUAUUUGUCUACCACUUAAAAUGUAACCCAUGUUUUAGAAGUAUGAAAUUCUGUCAAGCGAGUUAAAAAUUAAGAAAGAAAAUCUCGAUCGAUUAGCGAUUUGCUACAGUUUACCGCUAUAGGGCGUCAUAACGAUUCAUUAAAAUACAUUACAACAACAAAAGGCGUGAUUAAAUUACUGAGGAAUAUGUUAUAUUACUUCAUUAUGCUAGAACAUAAGGGGCAGGAGAAAGACGCUAAAACAUGAAAGAUACAUGUCAAAUAGGACAAAUUUCAAUCAUAGACUUGACAAUGAAGUCAUUAACAUUAGCGAACAGUUGUGAUAUUAAUAUCUUUUAAAAAUCACUCGAAUUACACGAACUUGAUUCGAUAUCUUGUUUCUAUUACUGCAAGUUGUUACUAUUGUAACUUUUUUAAUGAAUGCCAAAAUUAUCAAUUUGCAAAUGAGUGUAUAAAACUUUAACGUAUCAAAAUAAGGUGUGUUCGUUAAAACUCAAAGUCUGCUUAAUCCAUUGACGUAUCAAUGAAUAACUAUCAAUACAACACUAUCGGAACGUCUGGAAAUAUAUUCAAGUAUGUGUUAAAACUUUAAGACGCAAAAUUAGCUCGAGACAUUAAGAUAAAAUGAAUCAUUUCGAAGAAGAAUAAUUUACGAACGAGAAGUUUGAGAGAGAAAUUUUAAUAUCCUAUAUAAAUUACCGUCAAUCAAUUAUUGUUCUUACCGCCGUCUUGAUAGUGUUAAAUCAAUUAAUCGCUAUUCGAAAUUUUUUAAAUCCGAGUGAUUUUUUACUUUUCAAUCAUGUGAGUGUGAAAUAAACUUUCAAACUGUUACACAUACACAUACCCUCUUAUAGAGAAUGAUUUUUAUAUAUAAAUUAAAUAUUUCGAUUGCAAUGAUUUUAUUGAUAAUCUGUAAUAAUUAAUCUGCGUUUACUGUAAUUUCUACCUCGAAUAUUUUUAUUAACUGCGCGACAAUGAUGACAAACAAAACCAUAAACCUGCGACAAACUUUCCACUAUAUAUAUCAUAUACUUUACAAUAGUCACGUUGAAAUAAUAAUUUAAAAACAUAAAACAGACAAGAGUAUUGUAAGAAAAAAAUUAUUAAGGUGUACUUAACAAUUCUGUAUUCAAUGCAUUGAUAACAUCAAUAGCAGCCUUAGUUUAAAAAUAUAUAUUUAGGUAGAAUUUAAAAUUAUUUGUUUCAACAACAUAUUAUUCUAUUUUCGAGCUUCGCUUAGAUCAAAUGGUCAUAAUACAAGUGAAUUUUAUUUCUUUGGGUUUUUAUGUAAAUUGAUUGAUAUUUGUUUUGGAUUAAAAUACCUCAGAAUGUAAAUAUCAUGUACUUAUUAAGCAAAGAAUGUGUAGCAAACUUGCUGAAGUUCUUACCACUGAAAAAGAAAUGUCAAAUAAAAAAAUUCAAAUUUAUAUGAAAUUAUUAACAAUUUUGUACAUUUAUGUAAAAAUGAAACAAGCACUACUUAAAUUGCACAUCAUAUGUUGAAUAAUUGUAUAAAUUAUAUAAAUUAAAAAUAAGUUAAGACUACAAAUAUUGCUUUUCAAAUAUUGUCUUUCAUUGUAAAAUCACAAUUGUUACAAUAAUGAAUUAACGUAAUGUCAAAGUUGGAAAUUAUACCAACAAAUUUUUUUACAAUCUGCAACAAAAUUAGGUUUUUUACGAAAAAUUUGAUUAAAUAAAAUAAAAAGCAAGAAAGCCACUUGAUAAUGGCCAUUUGAAUAAAAUGUGCUGUGAUUAAUUUCGUUAUGAUUACUAAAUAUUUUUUAAGAAAGAAUAACACAUGCACAGUGUGAAACCAAAAAUAUUUCUUCUAUAGUGUAUUUUACUGUGAUGAUUCAAUUUGAUGUACGCUAAAUAAUAACUUAUCACAGACCCUUCAACUUCUGGCAGAGACAACUGACAAAGUGCCUGUGACGCAAAAAUGGAAAAUAAUGGAAGAAUCAUUAUAUUUUCAAUAAAUGUUGCAAUGAAGAUAAUUGUCAAAAUAUGUAUGUACAUACCCUUAAAUGCAUACAAUCUGAAUUUAUAUUGUACUUAUAGUGAAUGAAUAAAAUGUCGUUUGUCCGCUAAA